AUGUGUCGCCCCCUGCCGGUCAGCGCCUGUGUCGCCCCCUGCAGGUCAGAGCCUGUGUCGCCCCCUGCAGGUCAGAGCCUGUGUCGCCCCCUGCAGGUCAGAGCCUGUGUCGCCCCCUGCAGGUCAGAGCCUGUGUCGCCCCCUGCAGGUCAGCGCCACCAUGUGUCGCCCCCUGCAGGUCAGAGCCUGUGUCGCCCCCUGCAGGUCAGAGCCUGUGUCGCCCCCUGCAGGUCAGAGCCUGUGUCGCCCCCUGCAGGUCAGAGCCUGUGUCGCCCCCUGCAGGUCAGAGCCUGUGUCGCCCCCUGCAGGUCAGAGCCUGUGUCGCCCCCUGCAGGUCAGAGCCUGUGUCGCCCCCUGCAGGUCAGCGCCACCAUGUGUCGCCCCCUGCAGGUCAGAGCCUGUGUCGCCCCCUGCAGGUCAGAGCCUGUGUCGCCCCCUGCAGGUCAGAGCCUGUGUCGCCCCCUGCAGGUCAGAGCCUGUGUCGCCCCCUGCAGGUCAGAGCCUGUGUCGCCCCCUGCAGGUCAGAGCCUGUGUCGCCCCCUGCAGGUCAGAGCCUGUGUCGCCCCCUGCAGGUCAGCGCCUGUGUUGCCCCCUGCAGGUCAGAGCCUGUGUCGCCCCCUGCAGGUCAGCGCCUGUGUUGCCCCCUGCAGGUCAGAGCCUGUGUCGCCCCCUGCAGGUCAGCGCCUGUGUUGCCCCCUGCAGGUCAGAGCCUGUGUCGCCCCCUGCAGGUCAGAGCCUGUGUCGCCCCCUGCAGGUCAGCGCCACCAUGUAGCGCCCCCUGCCGGUCAGCGCCACCAUGUAGUGCCCCCUGCCGGUCAGCGCCACCAUGUAGCGCCCCCUGCAGGUCAGAGCCACCAUGUAGCGCCCCCUGCAGGUCAGAGCCACCAUGUAGCGCCCCCUGCAGACGCCGUGGCCCUGACCCUUGACCCCAACACUGCGCACAGACGUCUGCUGCUGUCGGAGAGAAACACUAAAGCGUCGCUGCAGACGGUCCCGGACUCUGUCUCGGACUCUUUUCCGGACUCUGCUCAGAGGUUCGACGGCUGGACUCAGGUUCUGUGUCAGAGCGUCCUCGGGGCUCGCAGCUAUUGGGAGGUGGAGUGGAGGGGGCGGGGCUCCUCUGUGGGCGUGGCUUAUGGCUCCAUCUGUCGUAAAGGAGCAGACGCCAGGUCCGGUCUCGGGUUCAACGCUCAGUCCUGGAGUUUAGAGCUGUCGGACUCCUGCUGCGCCGCGAUGCACGACAACCAGAAGAAGCAGAUCUCGGUCCCGUACUGUCCUCGGGUCGGCGUGUUCCUGGACCUGAACGCCGGGACGCUGUCCUUCUACAGCGUGUCCCACGGCGUGACGCUGCUGCACCGGUUCAGAGCCAACUUCACGCAGCCGCUGUACGCUGCCUUCGGAGUCGGGACAGGAGUCGGCGUCGGACUAGACUUCGCUCUCGGUCACUUCAGCUCCAGCACUGACAGCCAGCGGGUGUCAGCAGCGGGUGUCAGCAGUGGGUGUCAGCAGUGGGUGUCAGCAGCGGGUGUCAGCAGUGGGUGUCAGCAGCGGGUGUCAGCAGCGGGUGUCAGCAGUGGGUGUCAGCAGCGGGUGUCAGCAGUGGGUGUCAGCAGCGGGUGUCAGCAGCGGGUGUCAGCAGCGAGUGUCAGCAGCGGGUGUCAGCAGCGAGUGUCAGCAGCGGGUGUCAGCAGCGGGUGUCAGCAGCGGGUGUCAGCAGCGGGUGUCAGCAGCGAGUGUCAGCAGCGGGUGUCAGCAGCGGGUGUCAGCAGCGGGUGUCAGCAGCGGGUGUCAGCAGCGGGUGUUAGCAGCGGGUGUCAGCAGCGGGUGUCAGCAGCGGGUGUCAGCAGUGGGUGUUAG